AUGCCAAAGCUGCCUUGCUUCGGCGGAGGAGCUUGCCAGACUCAGGCGGACUUUGCCCAGCAGAUGAUGAAGAUGGGGUUCAUGGCUCCACCUGGCCCGCCGCCAAAAGGACCUGGACCAGAGUCUGCGAUGAAGCAGCGACCUCCUGGACCUCCAAAUGCUGCGCUCCAGAAGGUUCCCGGUGGACCGCCCGGGCCCCCGCCGAAGAACCCAAUGCAGGCCACCGGUCCUGGUGCGAGACCGCCCGGACCGCCUCCUAAGGUGGCACCCGGCGAGCUUCCGCCGGGUGCGAAGCCCCCACCCCCACCGCCUAAAUCGAAGCCAGAUGCCGCUGCCUCCCAGCCUGCUGCUAAGCCGCUGAAUGCUGCGACCCGGUUCAUGCCAACGACGCUGCGCACGAAGAAGCCAUCGCAGGUCGCUGGAGGAGUCCUUCAAGCUUCAUCUGCGUCGCUCUCGCAGGAUUCAAGAAAGCGGCUCCUGUUCACGGAGGCUCCGAAAGUGGUCGAAAAGGUCAACAUAGAAGACGCGUUCCAGGAUUUCAUGCACCAGUUGGACGACUGA